CAACCCCUACAGAACCAAUUUUCGUAUUGGAUUACUAUUCCUUCCUUAUUGCCAAGCUCGCUCUUCGUGCCGCUCCACGGGGUCUGUCGGUUGGGUGGUGUGCCUUGCGCCUCGCGCCUCAUCAGACGAGAUGGGCGUAAGCCAAUGAUCAGCCAGCCGUGACACCCCUUGGAUCUCGAUAAAGUCCAUUGUUGUUUUACGAAUCUCAAACCCUAGCCGAGAAGUUCCUACCAAGCCAUGGACAAGUCGACGGUAUACCAGGCCGUCAACAAUGGCUACUCUUCCAUCGCAUUCGAAGCCUACAAGGGCUCAAAUCCAUCGCAGACCUCCAAGAGCGCCAAUAUCGCGGCCUUGUUCGGCUACUCUGCUCAAGACCUCGCGACGCUCCCAGCCGGCACCAACCUAGGUCUUUCAUGUGGCAACCCUCUCGCCACGGCGAACCUGCAGCCAUCGGAGACGAUGCUCGAUCUCGGCUCCGGGGGUGGAUUGGAUUGUCUCAUUGCAGCGAACCAGAUUUUAAAGGCCGACCCAACCCCAAAGGGCAAAAUAUACGGUGUCGACAGAAGUACCAAGAUGAUUGAACUCGCCAGACGGAACGCAGUCAAGGCAGAUCUACCCAAGGGACUGGUUGAAUUCGUCGAGGCGCCCAUUACUCGGAUCCCCCUCCCAGACGCCUCCAUCGAUCUGGUCGUGAGUAACUGCGUCAUCAAUCUCGUCCCGGAUGAGGACAAGCCGAGGGUCUUCAAAGAGAUCUACCGACUCUUGAAACCAGGUGGACGCGUGGCCAUCAGCGAUCUGCUCGCCCUCAAGCCCAUGCCGGAUCAUGUCCGAAAGGAUGCAGCGUUGCUCGUCGGCUGUGUCGCCGGGGCGAGUUUGGUGGACGAGUACCGGCGCUGGAUGGUCGAUGCGGGCUUUGAAGAAUCUGGAAUUGCGUUUGUCAACACAAACAAAGAUCUCAACGUCUAUCAUUCACAAGACGCCGAGGUUUCGUGCUGUGGAUCUGCGAGUAAAGCUUCUUCCAAGGCCGCUGUGGCAGACCGGGGAAAUGCCGAAGAGUUGGAUUUUAAUACUUGGGUCGCUGCGUAUCAGAUAUACGCUGUCAAGGGUACAUCAUAGGUCUGAACUGAGUAUGAGAAUACGUAGAUUGUAGUCACAGUGGAUUUGUUAUUAUACCCAACUUUUCGC